CAGUGCCGUGACGUAUUCAACGUGCGACCGCUUGCAUGAAAUCGACACAAUCAGUCGUGAUGUAUUUCGCUACAGGCGUCUGGUCGUCCAGGAAAAGAGAGUAUACACGAAAAUUAUGUGGUCCAGGUAUCGGCUCAUUUGGUACGUCUAGCCGGUCGGCUGAGAAGGUAAAGAAUGGCAAAAUAGAAGGCAAUGGGCAGGUGUCUUGUUUUCCUUCCUCGGACCCAACUGAAGGCACUCAAAUGGGGAGCCAUACCCUGGAGACCAUGACCUAUUCGAGUCAUUCACACAAACGCUGGAAGCUCUCAGCCGUCCAAUCAAACACAAGGCUAGAGCUAUUAGUCCCUCACUCACUCAAGAGCAGGGAAAAGCACAAACUUCAAUUGGAGCCUUCCAUUGUCUCUGCUCCAUUCCUCCCUCGUGUAGCUAUUAGCAACCAUGGGCUUGAACCUGACUCAGAGUGCAUUGCUCCCACAGACAACACUCAAGCAAAUCUGAGAUCAGAUCUAAAGCAGAUCUCUGUGUCUCAUACCUGCUCUGACCUGCCCCUGAGUCAGUCCCCCCCCAUGCACUCCCCUUGCCCUCCCUCCACAGUGCACAUCAAUAGACAGCCCUUGCCAGUCACACACGCCUCUUACCUCUGCUGCAGCCCUGUAGCACAGGUCCACGACCCAUCCCUAACCACAACCGCAGCCCCCAUUAGAUCCACAAACCAUAGACGACGCCGGAAAAGAGGCAUAAAGAACAACAGAAAAGGAGUCUCUCCUCUCUCCAUGCGACUCAAGAGGCAGUCGCGGCGCCGGUGUAACAUCCAGUUCUGGUGGCAGGUGUGGAGGAAGUGGCGGCACAGGAAGUGGCGGAGAGCCAGCUGUCUCCUCUGGUUCUCCAUGAUCAGAGCUAAAAGACUGGCGGAAACCAGGAGGCGCCUGUCUAUUUUCAACACACAGAUGUCUUAUACAUACACUGGGGAAUUGGAGGAAAGUCAGAAAUGGCAGAAGGUACGCAAGGGAAAAGAAGUGGUCACUACGGCCAUUGCAUGUGAUGGUCAAGGCCUGGACAGUGCAGAGGACAGCCAGGAAAAGGGGAGUUUGGAACAGAAGGCGUGUCCGUCUGUGGGCACAUCAGUGCUGUGUAGCAACCCUGUCAAGGUGGAGGACCAGGGCACAGUCAGAGCUAGGGAUGCGGCCACCGCCACUAAACAGGACAAGUUGGUGACAAAGCGAGCAGUGCCGUAUCCACCUCAGAGCCAUCGGGCGUCCACGGACGUCAGCUGGGAAGCAACAACGACGCUCAUCCAUGAGUUCCUUGACUGCUUCUAUGUGAAGUACGGAAGUUUCAUCCCAUUGAGCAAUAACGAUGUACUGAGGCACCUUAACAAGAAGCUGAACACUGACCUUACUAAGGGGAAGUAUUUCAUCUCUGUGGUAGUAAUGAAGUACCAGGCUGUCCUAGCGCAUAGAAGGAUGCCCGCUUUCCGGGUGGUCUACAACAAGCACACUCUGACACUGGAAGACUUGUCUACGCUGGACGAUCAGAACUGGCUCAAUGACCAGGUCAUGAAUAUGUAUGGAGAAUUAAUCAUGGAGUCUGCACAACACAAGGUCCAUUUCUUUAACAGCUUCUUCCACCGACAGCUCAUGACCAAAGGAUAUGAAGGGGUGAAGAGGUGGACCAGGAAGGUGGAUCUCUUCUCCAAGGCGCUGCUGCUGGUACCCAUCCACCUUGAGAUCCACUGGUGCCUGGUGAUGGCCGACACCGCCAGCAAGAGGAUCCACCUCUACGACUCCCAGGGCAUCGUGUUCAAGGAGGCUGCUGAGAAUGUUUUAAGGUACAUACAUACUGAAGCGAAGGAGAGGAAGCAAACUGCAUUUCAAAAUGGCUGGAAGAUGUAUAUCAACGAGAGAAUACCACAACAGACAAAUGAAAACGACUGUGGAGUUUUUGUGUUAGAGUACUGCAGGUGCCUUGCCUUGGGGAAACCGCUGCAAUUCUCCCAAGGGGACAUGCCGACUGUGCGAAAGAGAAUCUACAGAGAGCUCUGUGAAUGCAAGCUCCAGGACUGACAAAAUUGACCUUUCACCUUUUCACCAUCCUCACUCACCUCACAUGCGUCAUACUAAUUAGGGCACACUGUAGAAAAAUGUUUUGCAAUGGUAAAAAAUAAAAAAGAAGUAGAUAUUGCCAAGAAUCCUUGAGCCAUAGAAAAGGGGGGGGUUGUCUGGACCCUGUCAUUGUGUUAGCUGAUAUAUUUAAUUAGUGGAGAAGCAUCUCCACCCCAUAUUCUGACGACCUGUCGUUUCAAGCCGCAUGGUAGCAGACUGACUAGCUGGCAUUUAUUUUAGCCAAUGGCGUAUCAGGGUGUAACAAAAUAUGUUGUGAUCAGUCUGUAAUGACAGCAGACUAGUUGGUCUCCUGGAUUUUUAUUUUAUAAAGAACUGGUAUGAACUUGACUCAACAAAGUCUGAGGCAACUCUAUAUACACGUGUCCACUGUUUUUCAAUGGUUAUUGCAUUAUUCUACAUGAGCUUACAACGUUUAGACUAUUGUUGAAGGCGGCAGACCGAAUAGCAACUUACCUUUGAAUGUAUUGAACAUACGGAAUAUAUUCAAUGUAGUUGUUGUUCACACUUUUGUUAUAGUUUUGUGUUUUAGACGCUUCUGUAUGGGUCAAAUUUCAGUUUGUUGCAUCGGAUAAAUUGCAUUCAUUUAAA